AUGGCUAAAUUCACCACCAAAUAUUCUCCAAACUCCACAAGAAUGGCAUCUUUCCGUUUCUGCGCAGAAUGCAACAACAUGUUGUAUCCAAGAGAGGAUAAGGACAACGCAAGACUCCUUUACUCAUGCAGAAACUGUGACUACACGGAGUUGUCGGAAAACCCCAAGGUUUACCGUCACGAACUUAUUACCAAUAUUGGUGAAACAGCUGGUGUUGUCCAGGAUAUCGGCAACGAUCCAACGUUGCCAAGAUCCAAUAAGACGUGCCCACACUGUGGCAACCAGGAGUGUGUGUUUUUCCAGUCGCAACAGAAGAGAAAGGACACCUCGAUGAUUUUGUUUUACGUGUGCCUCGAGUGUAAGAAGGUUUUCAGAGCAUAA